AUGGCUACCCCCAGUGUCCUCGCUUUUGACGCUGAGGGUCAAGCCAUUGACUUUGAGGUCUGGGUCGACGACCUGCAGUUGUUUUUACAGUGCGAUAGGGCGGACGGUCUUUCUCUCUUUGACCUCACCUCUGGCGCCUCUCCCGCCCCUGCUGCUAAUGCUGACCCCACUGGACCACUUCCUCUCAGUCUGUCCCACCACCCUCACUGUCGACCUCCUCGAGAAGGCCCUCCUAGCGGCGGAGAAGAGCAUAGUCGCUGUAGGACCCGCGGUGACCCGCGCACCCCCAUCUUUGAGGGGUGUUCUCCUUCCCCCCUGCUGCCCUCUGUCGCCUCUGCUGCUGCUGCCAACCUGCUUGGUCUUGAGUCGGUCGGCGCGGCCUCUGCCCCUAGCGAGAGACGCCGCCCUGGCAAGGGCAAGGGGGGCAAGGGCGCGGGUGGAGCUGGCGGGGGCUGUGGAGGUGGCGGUGGAGGCGGCGGAGGGAGUGGGGGUGGCGGUGGGAGUGGUGGCGGGAGUGGUGGCGGUGGCGGCGGAGGCGGUGGUAGCGGAGGCGGUGGUGGUGGCGGAGGUGGAGGCGGUGGUGGCGGAGGAGGUGGAGCUGGUCGGGGUAGUGCCCCGCAGCAGAGCGGCUCUGGUGGUGGUCCGCGGCAGCAGCAGCGUGCUCGGCACGUCCCCACGCCUCAGCAGCUCCGUGAGUGGUACACGCAGAGUCAGCGUGGUGGAGGCUUUAGCCCGUGCACCUACGUUCUUUGCAGCAGCGACCGCGCGGGUGAGCAGUGUGGGGGUGCCCACUCCACCCGACGCUGCUUUGGCUGCCUGACGGACGCUUGGCGUCAGCAGUUCCCUGACGCCUCUGAGAUCCCCCGCUGGGGAGACCUUUCUAGAGCUGGUGUAGCGAUCUUUGAGCUAGACUUUGAUGCUACACUUGCUGCCAUGUAUGCUGUGUCUAUUAGUGAUGAGGGUGACUGUUACCGGUGUUUCCCGCCCGACCCGGGCAUUGGUACAGGUGCGCUAGGUGCCUCUGACACUGCUGCACUCUCAAGUACUGGUGAGGCUGCGCUCUCAGGUACCGCGUCGGCUUCGGCCUCCCUCACCUUUACACUUGACUCUAGGGCUUCUCGCUCCUUCUUUCGAGACCGCACCACACUCACGCCGCUUGGCCGGCCGGUGGAGGUCUCCCUGGCUGACCCCUCUGGGGGUCCUGUCCUCUCUCACUUCUCCACUGUCCUACCGUGUCCAGCUGCCCCCUCGGGCGCCCUGUCUGGUGUGUACCUCCCCUCGUUCUCGACGAACUUGGUAGCUGCAUCGGGUCAGGUGUUUGCUGCUGCGUCCAGGGACAUGGCUUCCCGUGUCCUUGUCUGUGGUCUUCCCUGGUCUCUCCCUUCCCUUCCUUCGGGGCCAGGACCUUCCUGUGUCCCUUGUGUCGAGGGGCGCCUCCGGGCUGCCCCCCACUCCUCACAGUUUCCUCCGACAGAGGCUCCUUUGCGGACGCUUCACAUGGACGUGUGGGGCCCGGCCCGCUUCCGUGGACAGGGUCACGAGCGCUACUUUCUGCUGGUGGUUGACGACUACUCGCGUUUCACCACAGUCUUCCCCUUGCGCAGCAAGGGUGAUGUCACUGAGGUGUUGAUCGACUGGAUCCGCGCAGCUCGUCUCCAGCUCAGGAGGAGCUUCGGCUCGGACUUUCCUGUUCUGCGUCUGCACUCAGACCGAGGCGGAGAGUUUUCCUCUGGCCUUCUGCGAGCCUACUGUCGUGCACAGGGGAUCCGCCAGACCUUUACGCUUCCGGACUCUCCACAGCAAAAUGGGAUUGCUGAGCGCCGCAUUGGCAUGGUCAUGGACGUCGCCCGUACGUCCAUGAUGCAUGCGGCUGCCCCCCAUUUUCUGGGGCCGUUUGCGGUACGGUACGCGGCGCAUCAGAUAAACCUUCACCCCGGGGUUUCCUGGCCGGGGAAGGUCCGUACCUCCCCGGCCCUCCUGUGGACUGGGAAGGUCGGCGAUGCGUCUGCGUUCCGUGUCUGGGGAUCUCGGGCGUUUGUCCGCGACUUGUCUGCGGACAAGCUGUCCCCCCGUGCUUCUCCCUGUGUCUUCCUUGGCUUCCCCCCUGACGCUCCAGGGUGUCAGUUCUACCACCCCUCCUCUCGUCGUGUUCUGUCCUCCCAGGACGUCACUUUCGACGAGUCAAUCCCCUUCUACCGCCUCUUCCUCUACCGCACUCCUUCCCUCCCCCCGCCACCAGACUUCCUUGUGCCAGGUCCCCCCCCGGUAGACCCCCUUCCCCCUCAGGUUCCUGCCCCUUCAGGUGUGUCCCAGGUAGACGCCGUCGAGCCGGUUGAGGUUGAUGGUGACUCUGGUCCUGCUGCGGGUGCUGAGCCUGGGGGUGCUGACUCUGGGGGUUUUGUGCGCGUAGGUGCUGAGCCUGGGGGUGACGAGCCUGGGGGUGCUGCUACUAGGGGUGCUGAGCCUGGGGGUGCUACUACUGGGGGUGCUGAGCCUGGAGGUGCUGAGCCGGGGGGUGCUGUGUCUAGAGCUGCUGAGCCUGGGGGUGCUGAGUCUGGGGUUGCUCCGUCUCGGCGGGAGCCCCUCUCUCCACAGGAGCUGCGCGAGUUGUUUGCUCGCCGCUGGAGGCGUACAGCUGGAGCUGGAGCUUCUUCAGCCGCUGAGGGUGCUGGUGCCGCCGGUCCUACUGGAGCUGGAGCUGCUGAGGGUGUUGGUGCUGAGACUGCUGCUGUCUGUCCUGGCGGUGGUCCUGCAGCUGGUGCGCCUGGAGGUCCUGCCGCUGGAGGUGCUGUUGGCGCUGGUGCUGCCGCUGAGAGUUCUGGUGCUGUCCUUGCUGUGCCUGGAGUCCCCGCGCGGCCUCGGCCGUACUUCGUUCCGCUCCUGCAGCAGCGUCGUGAGCCUGCGUCUUGUCCCGCGUCGCCUGUUCGUGCUGCUCGCGCUAGUGGUCGCGGUUCGCGUCAGCAUCCUCCUCCUGUCCCUGGCACGCACCAGAUGUCUCUGCGUCCGUCCACUGCUCCUCUGCGUGCCCCUUUGCCUUCUCCUCCUAAGUCCUCUCUUCCUGCGCUUUCCGACCCGGAGUCGGACUUUCUUCGUGCUGCCAGUCCUACUGUCAUGCGUCUUCUUGCUACUGUUGUCACCGACCCCUCUUUUGAGUCCACUGCUGCGUCUGCUCUUGUCGCUGAGCUCGUCGACUUUGCUGCUCGCUGUCGUCUAGACUACGCUGCUAGUCUUGUUGCUGAGUCUGCGUCUGUCUGUCCUCCGUCAGUCGGGGGUGAGUGUGCUCUUGGCACGGACGUCCUUGAGGAUAGGCAGGAGGAGUUCCGGUGUAUGGCUGCUGCUUCACCUCAUCUCGCGUCUGUACUGCUUGCCCCUGAGGGAGACCCGGAUGCACUAGACAUCCCGACUCCGCGCUCUUACGCGGAGGCCGUAGAGGGUCCCUACUCCUCUCAGUGGCAGGCAGCUAUGGAUGCAGAGAUGGCUUCCUGGAAGUCCACAGGCACCUACGUUGACGCGGUUCCCCCUCCUGGGGCGAACAUCGUCAGUGGCAUGUGGAUCUUCAGGGUGAAGCGACCGCCAGGCUCUCCACUUGCCUUCAAGGCGCGGUACGUCGCUCGUGGCUUCACUCAGCGCGACUACGAGCUUCACUCUCUUGACUUCAGCACUGCCUUCUUGCAGGGUAGCCUGCACGAGGAGAUCUGGCUGCGCCGUCCACCUGGCUUCACUGGGACUUUCCCUCCUGGCACCCAGUGGAGCCUCCGACGGCCAGUCUACGGUCUCCGCCAGGCACCGCGUGAGUGGCACGACACACUGAGGACUACGCUUGCGGCUCUUGGGUUUGCUCCCUCUACUGCUGACCCGUCGUUGUUUUUGCGCACCGACACCUCUCUGCCGCCGUUCUACAUCCUCGUGUACGUCAACGACUUGGUCUUUGCCACUGCUGACACUGCUGGACUCGCCUACGUGAAGUCUGAGCUGCAGAAGAGACACACGUGCACAGACCUGGGUGAACUGCGCAGCUACCUUGGCUUGCAGAUCACCCGGGAUAGAGCACGCCGCUCCAUUACCUUGACUCAGUCACACAUGGUGAGCUUCGGCUUCACGUACUCCUCGCCUCAGGCCACUCCUCUGCCUACUCGCCACUCGCUCUCAGCUCUGCCUUCGGAUGAGUCCGUAGAGUCGAGUGGCCCAUACCCAGAGCUCGUUGGCUGCCUCAUGUACGUGAUGACCUGCACACGACCUGACCUUGCAUACCCUCUUAGCAUUGUUGCACGCUAUGUUGCUCCUGUGAGGCACCGACCAGAGCACAUGGCUGCAGCGAAGAGGGUGUUGCGCUACUUGUGCAGUACGUCGGGCAUGGGGCUAGUGCUUGGAGGGCGGAGUCCAGUGGUCCUCAAUGGUCACGCGGACGCUUCUUGGGCUGACAACCAGGCUACGCAGCGGUCGUCGCAGGGGUACACCUUCAGUCUUGGUUCUGGCUCUGUCUCUUGGCGGGCUACUCGCUCGUCUUCUGUUCUCGGCUCCAGUUGUGAGGCUGGUAUCUACGCAGGGGCCAUGGCUGCACAGGAGCUUCGCUGGCUCACCUACCUGCUGAUUGACCUUGGAGAGGUGCCUCGUUCUCCUCCAGUGCUGUACGUAGACAACAAGGCCAUGCUGGCCUUGUGUCGAGAGCAGCGCUUGGAGCACAGAACGAAGCACAUUGCUCUCCGUUACUUCCUUGCUCGUGAGCUGCAGCAGCGUGGUCAGUUGCGACUUGCGUACGUGGCCUCUGAGUCCAACACUACUGAUGUUUUCACCAAGGCACUUCCGCCUUGUGAUCAUCAGCACUUCUGCACUCAGCUGGGACUUGUACCUGCCCUACCUCACUUGCUCACCUCUUGA